CAAAAGACCAAGUUGGAUUCCAGCCAAGAACAGAAAUCUGAGCCUGCAGUGGCUCACCACAACUGGAUAGGAUUCUAAGACGUAUUUUUCUGAGCUCCGUCAAGUUGACCUACAAUUUCGGCUAAGUUUCCUAGUUUUCUAUCCUAGAGCACAACUUUUUAUAACAUCUUCACUAACUGAUAGUGCCUCACAACAUUCUCAUCCCAAACGCUUUUUAAAUCACUAGUUUUAUUUGUUUUUCUGAACACCCGCUUACAGCUUGUUAGCCCACUAGCACGCUAACCCGUUAGCCCUGCUAUUAGCACACUAACCCACUAGCCCGGCUAUCUCGAGUCUGUUUAGAUUUUACAUUUUCACCAAUUAUCUCUGUUAUUCUACUUCAUUUUAACACUAUCGGUUGUGGGUUUGCCUUUGAGUGCAGGUGAGGAUUCCUUCGAGCUGCACUUGGUGGAUGCGGAGCUGGAGGCCGUGGAGAAGCAGAUCCGCGACCUUCAGGUGAAGCUAGCCCAGCUGCGACAACGGAGAGACACUCACCUGUCCCAGGCUACCCGUCUCUGCCGCUACCCGUCUUCGAGAUCUCGACCCACAACCGCUUCGCUCCCCUACACGAGGCAGCACGCGACGCGGUGAUCAUCGGAGACUCCAUCGUCCGGCACGUCCGUGCUACCGCGGCUAAAGGUAAGGUGCACACUCGUUGUUUUCCUGGUGCUUGUGUUCUUGAUGUCGCUGCACAGGUACCGGCGAUCCUCACCAAGAACAUCGGAGCCGUGGUCCUCCAUGCUGGCACGAACGACAUCAGGCUGAGGCAGACGGAGAUCCUGAAGAAGGACUUCAGGAACCUGGUGGAGAAGGUUCACACCACAUCGCCCCCGACGAGGAUCAUCAUGUCAGGACCACUUCCCAUGUUCCAGCGAGGAAUCGAAAGGUUCAGCAGACUUUUCGCAUUUAAUGAAUGGUUACAGUCUUUAUGUCAAGAACAGAAAAUACCAUUUGUUGAUAAUUGGAAUGUUUUCUGGGAGCGUCCUAGGCUCUACCGUUACGAUGGCCUGCACCCAAGCAGAGCUGGAGCAGCAGUCCUCUCGGACAACAUCUCCAGGACACUGCACACCAUCUGACUGGUAAGUCAUUCCUCAGAUUAUAUCUAUAAUAGCUACUGUUCAAAUCACCAGACUAAUACAAGCUUACACAUAGCUCGUCCUAUAGAAACUGUGUCUGUUCCUCGAUUAGUGAGAUUAAAAGAUAAAUUUGUUAAUAACUCUCGAAAUAAUAUGAUCACAAUUAAUCCUGAAGAAGACCAAAUAAGUAAAGAAAAACAAUUUCUUAAGUUUGGGCUUCUGAACAUUAGAUCCCUUGCACCGAAAGCACUUAUUCAAAAAAACUUCAUUAUUGAAGUUAUUCAUUAUUAAUGAAAUGAUCUCAGAUUAUAGUUUCGACGCACUCUGUCUUACUGAAACCUAUCUUAGACCAAAUGAAUACAUUGGCCUAAAUGAGUCUACUCUGUCAGGAUAUUCAUAUAAGCAUGAGCCCCGUCAGACAGGUCGUGGUGGUGGUGUUGCAACAAUCUAUAAUAAUUCUCUUACCGUUACUCAGAAAACAGGACCCAGGUUUAACUCAUUUGAAGUGCUUGUCCUUAAUGUUGCACUCUCAGACAGGCAUAAAAAAUCCCUACUAUCUCUUACCCUGGCCACCGUGUAUAGACCCCCAGGGCCCUACGGUGUUUUUCUUAAUGAAUUUUCACAUUUACUCUCAGAUCUUUUGAUCAGUUUUGACAAAGUGUUAAUCGUAGGAGACUUUAACAUUCAUGUAGAUGAUGCUAACAAUGAGUUAGGACUUGCAUUUAUAGAUUUACUAAAUUCCUUUGGGGUUAAACAAAACAUUAGACCAACCCAUUGUUUUAAUCAUACACUAGACUUAGUUAUAUCACAUGGGACUGAUGUGUCCGAUAUAACCGUUCUACCUCAAAGCGAUGACAUCACAGACCAUCACCUCUUAAUGUACACUCUACCUGUAGAACAUAUUAGACACGUCUCUCCACGUUAUAAACUUGGCAGAACUAUAACCUCGACCACUAAAGACAGAUUUACAAACAAUCUGCCAGAUCUGUCUCAACUUCUUACUAGACCCCGAAAUGUAGAUGCACUAGAUGAAGUAACUAACCGCAUAGGCAAUAUUUUUACCAGCACACUAGACACUGUUGCCCCCAUCCGACUAAAAAAGGUCAGAGAUAAAACACCUGCACCGUGGUACAAUAGUCAUACUCACGCCCUCAAGAGAGCAACCCGUAACUGUAACUGUAGCAGUAAUCUGAUUCUGCUUUACAUGAAAAACUAUGAAAAAGAAAUGUUACUUGGUGACCGGUCAAAUAUCAACAAUAAAAGUUGAGC